CUUCAACAUGGCAAAAUAAACCCAUCCUGCAUACCUGUUUGAAACGAUGCCUACAUGAAAAUCGCUUUCACGACUGCCGCUUUCGCUCGGACCGGCCGUCACAGAGCGGCUUCUUCUUCUUUUUCUAUUGGAAGAGAGGGAGAGAGGAUCCUUUUCCGUGCGAGAGCGGCUGUCCGCAGAAAUGCCAGGCAACCUCACUGUCUCAAACAACACCGUGCUAGUUCUGGGUGCUGAGAUUAACACCGCACAAACCCGGGACACUGACUAUAACUUCCCUGCUCUGAUACUCGGAAUAUUGCUAAUUGUGGUCAUCAUUUGUGGAAAUUUGCUUGUAUGCCUUAGCGUGUACAGGGAAAAAGCUUUGAAAACUACAACCAACUACUUCAUAGUCAGUCUGGCUGUGGCGGAUUUGAUGUUGGCAGUUUUGGUUUUGCCACUGUUUAUAUAUGUGGAGUUCCAGGAUGGUCUAUGGUCACUGAACAUGCACAUCUGCGAUGGCCUGAUGACCAUGGACGUGAUGUUGUGUACAGCCUCCAUAUUCAACCUCUGUGCCAUCAGCAUCGACAGGUUCAUCGCUGUCUCCAUCCCACUUAACUACAACCGUAAGCACGUGGACCAGAGACAGAUCUUCCUGCUCUCCGCCACGUGGAUCCUGGCCUUGGCGGUGGCCUCGCCCGUCAUGUUCGGCAUCCAAAACAUCCCCCAGCGGGACCCAACAGAGUGUAAGCUAGAAGAUGACAACUAUGUGGUGUAUUCCUCUGUCUGCUCCUUCUUCAUCCCUUGCCCCAUCAUGCUCCUCCUCUACUGCGGGAUGUUCCGGGGCUUGAGGAGGUGGGAGGAGGCGCGCAAGGCCAAGCUGAGGAGCAGCAUCCAGGCCUGUAGGAAGUUCCAGGAGGCCGCUGCCUCCUUGCCCCCGCUGGCCUCCCUGCCUCCUCCGCCCCCCGUUAUCAAGCGGGAUGAGCUGACAGACAUGAAGCGGGAACUAAAGGAUAUUAACCUGGAGGAGCUGGACCCUUACCCCCUAGAGUCUCCAGACGGCCCCUAUAACAACUCUUCACCAGAUACUCCAGACUUUCCCUAUAACUCCUCAACCACUCCAGAAUACAAGGACGGUCCUGUGCCCACUGUGGUGGCCUACUGUAACAUUAAGCAUAACCUCCACCCCACACCCGACUCUCACAAGAAGAAGAGGGCCAAGAUUAAUUGCCGAGAGAGGAAGGCCAUGAAAGUGCUUCCUGUCGUUGUGGGUGUCUUCCUGUUCUGCUGGACCCCGUUCUUCGUUGUCCACACCAUGCGGGCCCUGUGUGCCACCUGCUUCAUCCCCCCCGCCCUGAUGAGUAUUGUCACCUGGCUCGGCUACGUCAACAGCGCCGUCAACCCCAUCAUCUACACGGUCUUCAACACAGAGUUCAGGAACUACUUCAAGAAAUUCAUCCACAGCUGCUGUACAUACCGGUAGACAAGAUGGCACAGCUAGCCUGGUUCCAGAUCUGUUUGUGCCGUCUCGCAAACUCUUAUGGUCAACUCCUAUGGCAAUGUGAGUUGGCAACACAGCACAAACAAAUCUGGGGCCAGGGUAAGCCACCACCGCCAAUAAAUGGACAAGAAAGCACAAACAAUACCAUUGUAUAGAUGUGACAAUAUCAAAUCUGAGCUUUGUUGUACAGUAUAUCUUGCCAUUACAUAUUUUUCUCCCAAUUGGGAUUUUAUUUUUGUACAUAAUGUUGUUUUCUGUUGAUUUAAGCUUGUGAUUUAUCUUACUGUGACAGAAAUGUUUGUUUGUCAGCUGGCCAUAUGCCGUUUCAAUGUUUAUUGCGGAAAUCUUUGUGGUGAGGAAUAGCAUUGAAUCCCUUCAACUAAAAAAGAUAUUCAGAAAUAGAAGCCAUUUCUUAGGUUAUUAGAGGUAACUGAAUGUGUACAAAAUGAAUUGAAGAUUAAAUGUUUUUUCACUUAAAA